AUGCCUGCCAUCCCUAUCGACCUGCUCAAGCGGUACGAAGCCGCCGGUCAAGAGCACCUGCUGCAUUUCUAUCCGACGCUCUCUCCUCCAGAGCAGCAAGAGCUCGUCGCACAACUUGCAGCGCUGGACGUGGAGCGCGUCAACCGCGUGUUCAAGACCGCCGUCGAGUACGAGAAGGCCGGAGCCUCAUCUGCUGCGAUCAAUCCCCUCCCUGCAUUUGCGUUCGAUACGAUUAUCGGUGCACCGGAGAAAGAGGCUCAAUGGCGUGAUAUUGGGCUCAAGGCGAUCGCAGAGGGCAAGGUGGGCGUCCUGCUCAUGGCCGGCGGACAGGGCACGCGUCUCGGUUCGUCUGAUCCCAAGGGAUGCUACGAUAUUGGUAUGCCGAGCCACAAGAGCCUCUUCCAGUACCAGGCGGAAAGGAUCGCCAAGGUGUCCAAGUUGGCGGGAGGCGCCAGUAUCCCCUGGUAUGUGAUGACCAGUGGGCCGACGAGGAAGCCAACAGAGGCGUUCUUCAAGGCGCACAAUUACUUUGGUCUACCCGAGAAAGACGUAAUCUUCUUUGAGCAAGGAACGUUGCCCUGUUUGACGAUGGACGGCAAGAUCCUGCUAGACAAAACCUCCAGCCUAGCCGUGGCUCCGGACGGCAACGGCGGUCUCUACGCCGCCCUUCGCUCUCCUCUCUCUUCCUCCGACCCCAAGCGCACACCGCUCUCCGACAUGGCAGCCCGCGGCAUAACUUACAUCCAUACCUACGGUGUGGACAACUGCCUGGUGCGUGUGGCCGAUCCCGUUUUCAUCGGCUACUCGAUGUCGAAAGGCGCGGCAUGCGGUGCCAAGGUGGUACGCAAAGCCUACCCCACCGAAUCAGUUGGCGUAAUCGCCAUGCGCGGGGAUAAGUUCUCCGUUGUAGAAUACUCCGAGAUCACCGAAGCCCAGGCUCAUCAGAUCGACGCUGCAACCGGCGAGUUCGCUUUCCGCGCCGCUAACAUCGUCAACCACUUUUACACGCGUGAGUUCCUCGAGAGCAUCGCUAGCAUCGAGGACGAGAUGGCAUUCCACAUUGCGCGUAAGAAGAUUUCACAUGUCGAGAUUCCCUCUGGGGAAUACGUGAAGCCCGUCAAGCCGAACGGGAUCAAGAUGGAGCUGUUCGUGUUCGAUGUCUUCCCUUUCACGCAAAAGAUGGCCGUGCUGGAAGUCUCGAGGCAGGAAGAGUUCAGCCCACUGAAGAAUGCGCCCGGCACCGGUGUAGACGACCCGCAGACGAGCAAACGCGAUCUCCUGGCUCAGCAGAAACGGUGGUUGGAGGCUGCGGGCGCGAGGGUCGCAGAGGGUGCAGAGGUCGAGGUGGGCCCGCAUGUUACAUACGCUGGGGAGGGACUAGCAGGCGUCGAGGGCUGGGUCCUUGUCCAGAGCGGGGCCGCAGACACCCUGGAGGCGCUGCACCUCCUUCAGUAGUUUCAGAGAAAGGACUCUAAACAAGAGAUUGUAACAAGCAUAGACAUUAAUGCGCU